AUGAAUACGGUUGUAAUCAUAGGUAGCUUCACCGCGUCAUCUUUGUUCGUCAAGCAGGCGCCAGUUACUCCAGUAAUGCCAGAGUCAGCUAUACUCUUCCCUGAUUCUCCAGCAGACAUCCCUGGAACUGCUAGAGGCCGUGAGUUUCCCGUUAGCUUUGACAUUAGAGGAGAUGAUGAUAUCAUCAAGCCAACGAUCCCACCCUUGGUCGUGGGCCAAUGA